UUGUCCUCUCAACAUGGAGGCCGUGCCGCGGAUGCCGAUGAUCUGGCUGGAUUUGAAGGAAGCCGGGGAGUUUCCUUUCGCCGGCGCCGUCCGACAGUACAUUUUGAAGCAUUAUGGUGAAAAUCCUGACAACUACAGUGAGGAACUGAAGAAACUUGAUCAGCUCAGACAGAGUGCUGUGAAUGUUACAAGAGACUUUGAAGGAUGUAGUACAUUAAGAAAGUAUUUUGGCCAGCUUCACUAUCUGCAGAGUCGCAUUCCUAUGGGUUUAGGAGAAGAGGCGGCUGUCCCGGUGACGUGGACAGAAAUCUUUUCUGGCAAAACAGUAACUGUUGAUGAGAUCUGCUAUGAACAGGCCUGCAUUUUAUAUAAUCUCGGAGCCCUUCACUCAAUGCUUGGAGCUGUGGAUAAUAGAGUGACUGAAGAGGGCAUGAAAGUUUCCUGUACACACUUUCAGUGUUCAGCAGGGGCUUUUUCUUUCUUACGGGAUCACUUCAGUCACUCUUACAGUGUAGACAUGAGUCACCAAAUCCUCAACCUUAACAUCAACCUCAUGCUGGGACAGGCUCAGGAGUGUCUGUUGGAAAAAUCUAUGCUAGAUAACAGAAAAAGUUUUUUAGUAGCAAGAAUCAGUGCCCAGGUGGUCGAUUAUUAUAAGGAAGCUUGUCGUGCCCUGGAAAACUCGGAGACUGCUUCACUUAUUGGGAAAUUUCAGAAAGACUGGAAGAAGCUGGUACAGAUGAAGAUUUAUUACUAUGCUGCGGUUGCACAUCUUCAUAUGGGUAAGCAAUCAGAAGAACAGCAGAAGUAUGGAGAAAGACUUGCUUACUUUCAAAGCUCAUUGGAUAAAUUAAAUGAAGCAGUCAAAUAUGCAAAGGGCCAACCUGAGACCGUUCAAGAAGCUCUACGAUUUACUAUGGAUGUAAUUGGAGGAAAGUAUAAUGCUGCCAAGAAGGACAAUGAUUUUAUCUAUCAUGAGGCUGUGCCACCUCUGGAUUCACUGUCAUCUGUAAAAGGAGCAUCUUUGGUAAAAGCCCUUCCUGUCAACCCAACUGAUCCAAAUGUGACUGGUCCUGACAUUUUUGCAAAAUUGGUGCCGAUGGAAGCCCACGAGGCCUCGUCUCUGUACAGUGAAGAAAAGGCAAAGUUGUUGCGAGAGGUGAUGGCUAAAAUAGACAGCAAAAAUGAAGUGUUAGAGCAGUUCAUGGGUUCUUUGAGAAUUGACCCAGAAUCAGUAGACAAUUUAGAUAUGUAUAGUCGUAUCCCACCAGUCCUCAUGGAAAAGUGUGCAGCACUAAGUGUUCGCCCAGAUACUGUGAAAAAUUUGGUUCAAUCAAUGCAAGUUCUGUCUGGAGUAUAUACUGAUGUUGAGGUAUCACUGAGAGAAUUUAAGGAUCUUAUGGACCAGGAUGAACUAGCAGAGCAGAAAUUACAAGAGGCCACUGGAAAAAGGGAUACAGCAAGUGGAAUACCUGAACUCAGCAAGGAGUGGUCCAAGUAUAUGGAAGUGCAUGAGAAAGCCAGCUUCACCAAUACUGAGCUGCACAAGGCAAUGAAUUUACACAUCAGUAACUUACGGCUUUUAAGUGGACCCCUAGAAGAUCUUCGUGCUGCUUUGCCAAUUCCCACUGUCUCUGACGAGGAAAAGGGCAUUCUCCAGAACAUGAAGCGAAUUUUACUGAAGGUUGAGGAAAUGAGAGACCAGCGUUCCUCACUCAUACAGCAGCUGAGAGAUACCAUUCAGAAGGAUGACAUUACUACAACACUCGUUACAACUGACCAUUCAGAAAUGAAGAAACUUUUCGAAGAACAACUGAAGAAAUAUGAUCAACUGAAAGUUUACAUUGAUCAAAAUCUUGCUGCCCAAGAAAACAUCUUGAAGGCUUUGACGGAUGCUAAUGUCAAGUACGCUGCAAUUAGGAAAGUUCUUGCUGAAGCAGAACAUAAGUGGAAUGUUACUAUCCAGAUGCUAGUAGCAUCAUAUGAAGCAUAUGAAGACCUGAUGAAGAAGUCCCAAGAAGGAAAAGAAUUCUAUGCAGAUCUAGAAAGCAAAGUAACAAAGCUACUGGAUAAAAUGAAAGACAUCUGCAAAUCUCAGGAAGACCAAAGGCAAUUCAUACUCGAGCAGGAAUUGAAAAAGAAGCCGCCACCAAGACCAACAGCACCCAAACCUCUGCAGAAAACUUCUGAUGCAGAACUUGAAUCUUUAUCCAGUAUUGAAGAUAUAGAUAUUCGAACUUUUAAUGCAGCUCUCACUUUUAAUGAUCUUCCCAAUGAAUUAAAAAGUUUACCACCAAAUUCUUUAGCAGCACAUAUAAGUGGCAUGUCUGUAGAUAGCACUGGAGCAUAUCCAAUGGAGCCUGUUGUUUUUCCAAGAAUGAGGCAUUCAGAGCCAGAGGCUUUUGCAGCUUCUAGGACUGUUGGUGCUCCACUACAGCCACCAUUACGUGUUCAACAAUUCCCAGACCCUGCCUCAACAACUCGUCACAUGCAUCCAUAUUUUCAUGGUGGAGUGAACCCACCAUCAGGUUCAGCUCGUGGGAUUGCUCAAGGGCCUUACAUGGGAAUCAGUCAUUCAGGGCCUCCUUCAGUUAGUGGUACAGCUGGUCUACCUACUCAAAGGAUGGGUCCAUCUGUGUCUUGCCCAGUACUCCCUCGACAUAUCUCUGCAUCGUCACCACCUCCUCCAGUGUAUCCUGCAGUUACCAUGAUUAGAGAACCCAUUCCAGCUCAGUCCCAGUUUAUACCUGGCCAUUUACCUCCAAGAGGUACUUCACCACAGCACAUGCCAAAUUCAAUGCCUAUUCCCUCUUCAGUGGGUCAUCCCAGUGCUGUUGGUCCUACAGCAUCUUAUGGUUUGGGUCAACAAGUUUCUUCAACUGUACCAGUUAACACUGGUUUGCAUACGCCACCUCCGUCUGUUGGGCCUACACUUGCCUAUCCUGGACAAUUCUGUGGUCAGAUGCCAGGAGGAAAUAUUAUUCCACAACCAAACACUUCAACCACAACAGUGGAUAGUAUACAGACUCCAAUUUCAAGCUUUACACCAGAUCCUCAUUCAGUGAAUGAGCAAUUGAAUAGACAGCCAAUCUAUGAUGUGGGAAUGACACAGCAGCCCAAUAUUUCUUUACCAGGUGGGGCUGGUGUUCCUUCUGGACCAGCAAUGAGUUCAAUUGGUCAAUAUCCGUACCAUCGUGGUAGUCACCCAUUCAGCCAGCCAUCCCAGUCCCAGUUCACUAAUGUGCCAUCAUUUGCUUGUCCUGCCCCAGGGCCACAGCAUAUGUUCCAGCAUCCAAAUCCGUUGCACCCAAACCAGGAAGUUCACAUUAGGGCACAAAGGCAUACUCAGCCACCUUACCAAGCUCAGUUUUUACCCCAGACAAGUCUGCAGUUGCAGCCUCAACCAAGACCUCAAAAUACUGUACAGCUUCCACCCCAUUCUCCAGUCCCACAUCUGGUACAGCCUCAGCCUGAGAUGCAGCCACAUUUAAGGCCUCAUCUAUAUCAGCAUCCUGCUCAAGACAAAACUGCUGCACCUGGAAUUCCACCUCAUUCAGGCAAUGUUGUUUAUCCAGGCAAUCCAAGUAAUAUUCAACAGCCAGGCCAGAACAUUCCUGCUGCAGUGGUUCCACAGUCUCAAAAAUGUCAUACAUUAGCAUCUGCCUCAGAAGCACAACCAAUGACAUUGCUACCAGGAUCCUCCGUUCAAGGGGUCUCGCCCAUUCCAUUCUCCUCUCCACCCCAUCAUCUUCAUGCUGGGCCACAACCUGCAAUUUUACCAAACCAAGUUGGAGGACCUCAACCUGUCUCAACAGGUCGUCAUGCUGCACAAUCAGUCCAACCUGUGCCAAAUUCAACUGUUGGCCAAAUACCAGCCAGUGCUCUUGUAUCUGGAUCUGUACUGCCACCUGCACCAGCUCCUUCCCCACAGCCUGCACAAGGGCAGGUUGGUACUCUUCCUGCUGCUGUAUUGCCCACUGCAAUGCCUGGAUCUACUGUCUUACAACAGAGGCCACCGCCAUCUCUUACACCUGGAGCUGCAGGACCUGUUUCUGAAGUACCUUUUCAGAGGCAAAACUCUUCAACUGAUGAUCUUUUGUCAUCCAGUCCAGAUAGCCAGCAUGGAGGGCCCCAGACAACGGUGACUCAGCCUCUUCUCCUGCCUACUAAAGUCGACUCAAAGGAAGGACAAAAACCAAAAGGAAUUCAAAUCAUAGAGAAAGAUCCAUACGAGAAACCAGAGCAUGUAAGAAAGUUGUUGACUGAGUUGGAAAGCUUUAGAAAUGUUGUGGACUCUAUAGACAGGCCCUCAUAUGGAACUUUGACUGAAUUGGAUUGUAAAUGGAAGGACUUACAAGAUGCUCAAGAAAAAGAUGUCAGACAGUUGUCAAUUGCCGUUGCCCGCUGCUACACCAUGAAAAACCGUCAUCAGGAUAUCAUGCCUUAUGACAAAAAUAGGAUUAUAAUCCAGUCAGGAAAGGAUGACUACAUCAAUGCCAGUAUGAUUGAAGAAUUAUCCUCUUACUGUCCAAGAAUCAUAGCGACACAGGCUCCUUUGGUGGGAACUGCAGCAGACUUCUGGCUGAUGAUUUAUGAGCAAAAAGUGUCACUCGUGGUAAUGCUUGUCUCUGAACAGGAAGUAGAAAAGCAAAAGGUAAUCCGUUACUUCCCAACAGAGCGAGGCCAACAAAUAGUGCAUGGGCCUAUCACUUUGACCCUGACAACACAGAAAAUAACACAGACUCAUGUGGAGAGGAUGAUUGGUUUGCAAUAUCGAGACCAGAGCCUGAAGCGAACAAUCAUUCACUUACAGUUUACAUCAUGGCCUGAACUGGGUUUGCCAGACAGUAAAAGUAAUCUGCUGCGUUUUAUUCAAGAGGUACAUGGACACUACCUGCAUCAGCGACCACUUCAUACACCAAUUGUUGUGCAUUGCAGCUCUGGUGUUAGAAGGACUGGUGCUUUCUGUCUUGUCUAUGCUGCUGUACAAGAGGUAGAGGCUGGUAAUGGAAUCCCUGAUGUGCCUCAGAUUGUGCGGAAAAUGAGACAGCAGAGGAAGCACAUGCUCCAAGACAAGCUCCACCUGAAGUUCUGUUAUGAAGCCAUUCUUAAUCAUGUGGAGCUUGUUCUAUUGAGGCAUGGAGUUACCACGAAUUUUUCCAGCAAAAUACCGAGCAGUUCAUCUCAAAAGGUUUAUACCCGCCAGGAAUCCCAGGAUUUAGUUCUUGGUGGUGACUUACCAAUUAGCUCCAUCCAGGCCACCAUUGCAAAACUCAGCAUCAAGACAUCUGCUGGGACCAUUGGAGAUGGCAGACUGAGCUCUCAGCCUUUAUUUGAUCCAAGUUUUGAUAUCUUGUCUGAUUCUCAGACUGAUGCCUUACCACUGUCUAACAAUCUGCUUCAGCAGGACCUCAAGGUUGAGGUAGCCAGUGCAGUGACAGAAACAACUGUCCCAUCACAAAUGGUGCCAUCAAGUCAAUCAGCUGUUGAAACAAACUGUGUGAGCUCCGAGAGUUGUGACUCAACCCGAGAGUUGGAUGAAAUGAAAGUGGGCGUGGGAGAUUGUCCAGUUGUUUUACAGCCAGCCUCCACCAACCACGUAACAAAUGCAGACAGCAAAACCACUUCACUAGAUCUUUUGGCAUCCUUAACUGCAGAGACCUUCACCCUGGACACCAAUCCCCGGAACAGGCAGAAAAUUAGCAAGCACAACUUCUUGCAGCCCCAGGAUGGCCAGGGCCUACAGGCUACUCACACCAGUGAAGACCCUUUGAAUCUUCUGGAUCCAUUGUGGACUCUAAAUAAAACAUGAUUAGUUGGUCUGAGAUCUCCCAGGAUAAAUGGACUUGAGUCCUUGGGAUUUGGAGAUAUGACAGAAAAGGUGACGGAAAACCUGAUCAGCCUUUGUUUGAAUUUCUGCACAACAGGGACAGCUUAAAACUGCAAGCUAGUUUCAUGUAAACUGGAAAGAACAGUGCCCAGGCUUGUUUCAUAACCAAGUUCUGAAUGUACAAACAUUAAGGUUCCUUUCAACACUAGUAUUGAUGCAGAUGGUAGUAAAUUCUUGCUUACUUGCUUGAGUAUAUUUAAACCACUGUCUCCCUAUUAAUCUGGGCCAAAAUGCUGUUUCCAGCAGCUGAUAUUUAUUUACUUGGUUUUGUUAUGUUGUGACCAACUCCAGGGGGUAUGUUUCAGAAAUCUCCCACAAGAAUGAAAAGAAACCUCUGAUAGCCUGGAAAGCUAGUGUGUCCUCCUUUUAUAACGUGUGGACGUUGAACCCAUUCAGUGCUUAUUUGUGCUGUUUGUGUGGUCUGUUUGACCCAUAGCUCUACUGCUGGUGCACUUUAUGACAUUUUGCCCAUUACUCCUACAGUUGGUCUUUGUUGAUCCAGAUCCCUUCCUGUUGAGCAUCUUCGACAUUGUGUCUGUGGUUUUUAUUCUUCCUAUUACUUGGGUAGUUUUGUACCAGCUAGCUCUGCCUUGAAGUAGAUUCUUCGUAACUCAUUUGGAGUGUUGUUGGAUGAUACAGCUUCAUUGAUUUCCCUCCAAUUUUUCUCAAAUACUGUUCUUGAACAGUUGUGUAUUCUGGUCUGGUUCUUUGGUUACUGGUCAUCCUACAGUAACUUACCCAGUCUGUCUCUUUCUUAUUUUGAAUCUAGAUAGAGCGUCUGCAGUGUACAUAAACGAGUCAGUUUCAACCACUUCUGCUGGAGUGGUACUUCUUAAUUGAUGGAUCUGCAGUUUCACCUCACUCAUUGGAUUAGCAAUUGCGCUGCUUCAUUUUGUCAGGUCUGCUGCACAGCAAGGCAUUUUUUUUGAGUGGGGAAACUGUUUAAAGGCAGAAAGAAUUUCAGCUCAACUCCACUUGUACCACGAGAGCUAAGCCACAGUUUUUUUUUUAGCAAGUCUGCCUGGGACUUGCUUUUAUAUGAGGGAAUGUUCCAUGCUGAUUGCCUCACCGUUGGUUUCUGUGAUUUUCAACAGAUUAGUGAUCUGUCUGUACCAUCAGCAUUGAAAUGUUCAGGAUCUUCCAGCGUCAUUCCAAUGGCUGAGUGGAUUAUUUAUCUGCUCUUCAAUGACCUUUUUUUACAAGUGGUGGUUGUUGCUACCUAGAAUCUGUUGUGGCUUUAAUUCCAACUCCUACUGCCCCAGCCUGAUUGUUUAGCUUGGGUCCUACUGCAAUUGCAUGAUAAUGUCAAAGCUUGACUGAGACUCAGUACAGUUCCAUUGCCUAACUUGCAUACAUCGGUGGUCCAGGGUUUGCUCAGCAUUUGUCAGUUCUUCCUAUCUUGUAAGGAGCUCUGGACUUACUCUGGAGCUUUUCUGUUCUUUUUCCACAGUGGCAGAUUUGGUAGCUAGUAUUGUACUCUCACAGUCAAUGAAUUUGAAGUAACAUGAAUGGUCAGAGGUUUUUAAUGCACUAUUAAGGGCUAUUAGUAAGUCUGCAGAAAUUCACUUGAAUGGUUUCCACUUCUGAGUUGUUGUCAGAAACCCUGGAUGUUGUAUCCAUAACUGAACCUGUAAGUUGGUAGUCACCUGAAAAGAGAUAUUUAGGGAGAUGGGAAAAUGUAAUUUGGGUAAUUGAGUGCUGUUAAAUCAUUGGCAAUGAAUAUGCAGAAUUAUCUAAAAUCAACUUCAGUUACUAUUCUUGUACUAAUGAGAUUAACUCUUUGAUUUGAUUUAAGUGUUUGGCAAACAUGAAUUGCUAGACUCUCUGCAUUUCAAAUUACACUUUAACCCUCUUGCUAUUUCUUCAGUUGUCCAGCAGAUGGUCAUCUUUGGACAUUAAAAUUCUGAAAGUACACUUAAAAUGAUCAUUUUAAGAUUUGGUUUUCCUUGGGCCAUUUGUAUAUGAUCUCAUACCUAAUACAUUGUGUCUUUUGGUUCUUGUCCUACCCUCAAUACAUUGUUUUCCAAACUCCCCAGUCAUGUUAACAAUUCCAGUGCAAAUAUGGAAACUCAAGUUAGGUGUGUUAAUAAUUUCAUACAAGUAAAAAGUGGAAGAAUGACUAGUAAAAAGAAUACUUUACCCUUUCAUAAACGUCCUGUUUAAAUAUGGAUACAGAUGCUUCGAUUUGCAGUAAAGUGAAAUACUGACAGUCAAAGGAAGCAAAUCUCAAGAUCUGUGCAGAAGUUGAUUUAGAAAUGAAUAAACAUGUUAAUCUAUAACCCCUCUCAAAAAAGAAUGAACCCAAAGAGUUUGGUCCACAACAAAUUGUAUUUUAUUUCCCCCUGUAUGUUUUGCAUGCAAAGUGCUGGAAACGCACUACAGGUUAGCCAGUACCUGAAGAGAAGAAUCCAUAUUAAUUAUUAUUGUCUUUAAUCUUUCUUUAGAUGUUCAGUGACAAUUUUUUCUCCUGCUUCAGAUUAAGAAGCUGCAAGUUUUUUUUAAUUUUUGUAAUUAGAAAUAGCCACAUUCUAUCUUAAUAUAAAUUCUGUUUAAUCAUCUCACUAACAAUCCUAACCACACCGAUUGGAGCAUGAGGCAAAGACAGUUAAUUUCAGCCAAAUGGUUGUACUGGAAACAUCACUCAAAUGAUUUAAAGUGAUACCUCACUAACAUACAAUCUUUUAUAAGUAAAGUCAGUCUGAGUAUUUUGUUCUUUGUACUUGCAAAUGUACAGACCAUGAAUUUCAUGGCUAUAAAGUUUAGAUCCAUAUCUAAUGAUAUAUAUGCAUUCCAACUUGAUAAUAUUAUCAUAUCUUGAGUUUAUGAUUCACACUUUUUCCACCCAUUAUAACCGGUGCAAAGCACAGCUGUUCUAAACCUCCUGAUCCAUGAAGUUUAAACAGGAACAGAGACAAGAAUGAAAAGAUUCAAUUAUCCAGAAAUGAAGGACCAGAUUUCCAGACCUCAGAUGAUUUAACAACUCCGUUAUCUCUUCUCUUCCUUCCAGCCCAGCCCACCCCACCCACCUUUGAAACGUAUUUUAAUUUCUCUAAACUGGUCUUCCUAUGUAAUUGAAAUAAAAGCCAAAGAUUUUGGGUAUUAAGUUUCA